CUUCGCUAUGGAGGAGGCCUUCCGUUUGGCGCUUUUGUUGCUGCUCGCGUCUCUGGCUCUUGGAGCUGUGGACGAUCUUCCAGGAUGGAUGGGGGAAACGCACUCCGUGGAUGGAAAUAUUAGAUCUGUGACCGACAAGAGCGAUCAAUCCAUAGUGGAUCCGACCAAAGUGAUCCAACUCUCUUGGAAACCUCGAGCGUUCUUGUACAAGGGAUUUAUGAGUGCUGCGGAGUGUGAUCACGUCGUGAAGAUGGCGAAGGAUAAGCUCCAAAAAUCUAUGGUGGCUGACAACGAGUCUGGCAAGAGUGUCCUUAGCAACAUUCGAACGAGCUCUGGAAUGUUUCUUUCGAAAGGACAGGAUGAAGUGAUUAACAGGAUCGAGGAAAGAAUUGCCGCAUGGACUUUCUUACCAAAAGGUUCUAGUUUCUUUUGCAUAUUUUUUUCCAAGUUUAUCCUUGGGUUUGUUUUUCUAGAGAACGGUGAGGCCAUCCAAGUCCUACGCUACGAGUUUGGCGAGAAAUAUGAGCCCCACUACGACUACUUUCACGAUAAAUACAACCAAGCUCUCGGUGGCCAUCGUAUAGCCACCGUCCUCAUGUACCUCUCGGACGUUGUCAAGGGAGGCGAGACAGUUUUCCCCUCGUCAGAGGAGGACACCACUGUUAAGGAUGACUCCUGGUCCGACUGUGCUAAGAAAGGCAUCGCAGUGAAACCACGCAAAGGCGAUGCUCUUCUGUUCUAUAGUUUACAUCCGGAUGCCACUCCGGAUGAAUCGAGCUUGCACGGCGGGUGUCCGGUGAUAGAAGGCGAGAAAUGGUCGGCCACCAAGUGGAUUCACGUUCUUCCAUUCGGGAAGCCCAAGAAAGAGGGGUGUGCCGACGAGAAUGAGAAGUGUGGAGAAUGGGCUGCAUAUGGAGAGUGUGACAAGAAUCCAAGUUACAUGGUUGGCACACAGGAAUGGCCAGGAGCGUGUAGGAAAAGCUGUAAAGUUUGUUAAACUAAACAAUAAUUAAUUUUUAAAUUAACAUAGUGCUAAGUCUUUUA